UGAGAUUCUAAUAGUUAACAUACCCACCACAGAGCUAGCAAUAAAUUUAGGAAACUUAGUAAUAAUAUCGGAUAUAAUUAUUCAAUUCUUAGAAACAGAUAGUUUACCAACCAAUUAAUUAUCCAAAAACCAGUAGUUUACCAACCUGGCCAAUUAAUGCUGCUGGUUAAGUUGAACCGCCUGUUUUGCCGGGUGAAUUGCCGUUGAGAAACGAUAUGUAGGUGAUGUCUGAGCGGAAAGAUCUGGUAUAAAAUCCUGUCGAUCGCCUCCUGCUCCUCUCUCUGAAAUCUGAAUCCCCCAUUAUCAUCACCCUCUUUUCAGACUGCGAGGAGAAAACUCUCUGUCCCAACCAAUGAGAAAUGGAUCAAUUUCCAAUGAUGGUUGUUCAAGUUCAACUUCUUUAAGCAGUCAACAAGAUGUGGAGGAUGAUAGGAUGAUUGCUGUUGUACUAUCUGAAGAGUAUGCUAAAUUAGAUGGUUCAGUAGGUCGAAGGAUAUCGAGUCUUGCACCUGUUCCUCACAUUCCAAGGAUAAAUUUGCACUUUCCUUCCUCAAGUGACUCAAAUUUGGACUACCAACGGCUCCUCCAGAGGCUCAAAGUCUAUGGCUUAUACGAGGUGAAGGUCUCGGGAGAUGGGAAUUGUCAGUUUCGUGCACUUUCAGAUCAGAUUUAUAGAUCACCUGAGUACCACAAACAUGUCCGCAAAGAGGUUGUGAAACAGCUUAAAGAUAACCAUGCUCUAUAUGAAGGAUAUGUACCCAUGAAGUUCAAAUCCUACUACAAGAAAAUGGCUAAGUCAGGUGAAUGGGGGGACCAUGUUACACUACAAGCAGCAGCUGAUAAAUUUGCAGCAAAGAUCUGUCUGUUGACAUCAUUCAGAGAUACUUGUUUUGUUGAAAUUGUUCCGCGGCAUCAGGUUCCUGUGCGAGAGCUUUGGCUAAGCUUUUGGUCUGAGGUGCAUUACAAUUCACUUUAUGAACUUCAAGAUGCUCCAUUGCAUCACAAGCCGAGGAGGAAGCAUUGGUUGUUCUAAAUGGCAAAAACAUUUCAUGCUUGUUAUCUGGUAAUUUUUAAAGAUUUGCAGGAAAUCUUGAUUCCUCAUGCUGUCUUGCAUUUUAUUUACCAUCUCUGCUUGUAUUAGAUGUUUUAGCUGAUAAGCUGUCUCCGAGUUACAAUGGGAUGAGUACUUGAAAUUUGUCCUUGAAUUAUAUUGAUUUCUUUAUUUUAUUUUCGUGUAUACUAGGAUUGUACUGAUGAAACGUAGAUUAUGUACUUUUUACACCAGUACUAACUAAA